AUGCGCCUGCAGAGCCGAGGUGGUUCCUCAGGCGGAUGGGAGCAGCCUCUGCGGCGUGCACGGCGGGGAGCGGAGCGGCGGCUCUGCCCGGGAUGUCAGAGGGAGGUGACGGCGAGCAGCCUCUGGAGACGACCGGCGCCGCCGAGAGCCCACACGAGGCCGCCCCCGAAGGCGAGUCGCCGGCCGGGACCGGGGGGCCCUCGACUGGGAGCCAGGGCGGCGCGGAGGCUGAACAGAAAAUUGUUCGUUGGUGGCCUGAGCUGGGAUAUCAGCAAAAAGGACCCAAAAGACUAUUUUACCAAAUUUGGAGAGGUUGUUGACCGUACUAUAAAAAUGGAUCCCAACGUUGGAAGAUCAAGAGAGUUGGGGUUUAUCCUCUGUAAAGAUGGAGCCAGUGUGAGGAGCACUGAAAGUCCCCAAGCCCUGUGGUCCUGAGCAAACCUGGAUGGUUGGUCAACCUACUCUUCUGUUG